AUGGGUAAUUGUUUUCGUGGUAUGGGCGGUUCAAGCGAUUUGAUACGCUUAGUAGCUUUCGAUUAUGAAGUCGAUCCAGCAAGCGUGACCAUCGUCUCUGAAGUCAAUAAUGUUGGACAAGGUAUUUAUCAAGUAUCGUUUCCUGGUCUUACCGCUCCCAUCCGUUACGAUCGUGUGGGUACUGUCUAUAUGCGUCAUUCCAGUGCGCCUCCACUACCUCACGAACAGACCAAUAGUUCCACUUCGGCAGGCACGCCAUCCAAUCAUCCGGUUAUUCAAUAUGCAGCCGUGGAUAAUCAAGUUCACGCUGACGCUAUCAAAAUGAUCAAGAUGACUGAAGAAAGAGGUUCGGGAACUUAUCAUUUAAAUGUCAAUGGUAAUCGAAUGGUCUACAAAAAAAUGGGAACCGUAUUCAUGAGAGCUGGUACCGCGAUACCUGGUACUAACAUCGUUGCAUAA